ACUCUCCGCCACAUCAAUUUCACUCUCUCUCACACAAAAACACAAUCUCUCUCUAGAAACUCUCUCUCAGUGUGUGUGAAAGACUCUUUGAUAUCCAAAUCAACAAUGGAAUCUACCAGCUACCGUCACCGGCGGUCACCGUCGAGCGAUCGAUUUCUCACUGUGUUCUCUUUCUCUCCACCGUCGUCCGCCGGCGUAGGCGGUGGAGACGAGCUCAACGAAGCUGAAGUGUUUUGGACCAAUGACUUCACGGACGACGAUCACUACGAUCACGAUCGUCCUCGUUUAACUAACAAGUUACAGAAAUCAACGAGCUCGGGAAUCCUCGUGGCGUUGCCGGAAACCGAUAACCGGUCCCGGAACUUCCGAGACGGACCGGUUCUGUGCCGGAAGCCAUCAAUCUCCGCGAUUCCGAGGCCGCCGGAGAGAGAGCUCUCUCAGGCUCUAAACUGCAACAGGAAGUUCCAGAACGAGCAGAACCAGAGCCCGCAGCUUCACCGGCAGUCGGCUCCGAUGAAGGUUCCGGUGCUGUCGAAGGCGAUGGCGGUGAAGAAUCGGAACUGGAUGAUUGCCGAUGACGUGGUGGCGGACGAUUUGGACGAGGACGAGAUGUUGCCGCCGCACGAGAUUGUGGCGCGAGGCUCCGGAGUGUCGCCGAAGACAACGUUUUCGGUUCUUGAAGGAGUUGGUAGAACUCUCAAAGGGAGGGAUCUACGCCAGGUCAGAAAUGCCAUCUGGCGCAAAACUGGUUUUCUUGAUUAACUCUUUUUUUUUUUUCUCUCUCUCUACGAGUUCAUGUUUUGUUACGGUGUUACCACAGUUUUUAUGGGUGGGAAUUUUUUUUUUUUUUAUGUGGAAAAAGGAAAGCACAUGGUGGUGUUGGUACUAUCUACAAGGACUUUUUGAGUAUAUGUCAUAUAAUAUAUAUAGAUUUUGGACAAGGAAGACUAUUAUAUAUCAAGAAAUUAAAGUUAUAUAAAUGUAUAAGAAGGGAGGUCUUGUUAGUUUUUAUGGUUA